CUUUCUGUGUCUGCUUUUAAUCUUUCAUCCUUCCGAGCGCUCUUCUUCUCCGUCACGAUUCUCUGCCACCCAUCAAUCUGGAAAUUCCGAUAAAUUCAGGGUGAUUUUGACUCAAGAACAUUAAUGGAGGGGACCUCAAACCUGGUUUAUAUGCAAAAGGAAGAAGACAAAGUGAUUUCGAAUUCUCACCUCUCGUCAUCUACAAAAGGAUUCAAGGACUGUACCCUCGUUAACAUGCCCUCUUGGUUCCUCACCCACGUUACCGAUCUGGAGGAGAGGAUGAAGGUGCUGACCGUGGGGAUAGAAGAUGAAGAAGUGGGAGAUACAUUUGCAGAAAGGGCAGAAUCAUACUAUCAGAAGCGUCCUCAGCUGCUGACACUCUUGCAGGAUCUGUACAAUGGCUAUAUUACCUUGUCUGAUCGUUACAUCCAGACGUUGGCCAAACACAAGCACCACCACCAUCACCAUAGCAGACACUCAUCUCAAGUUUCAACCAUUGAAGAUGGCUAUUCAGACCAAGAAGAAGCAGCCAGUGGGAUGAGCCAGGUUGAUUCUGACAUGGAAAGCUCACUGUCUUACCAGCAGCAGCCUACUCCUCCUCAAACCAAGUUCUCCAACACUCCCUUGAUUGACAUAGAUUCCAUUGUUGCUGAGCUUGUGAUCAAGAACGUGGACUAUGAGAUUAUGAUCCAUGAGGUCUGUGUGAUGGAGAAGAAGUAUGGGGAGUCUUCAAGGAAAAUAGAUCUUCAGAAGAGCCUGCUUGAGGUUUUGGAGUCAGAGAGGCUUGUUCUGCUGAAUGAGAAUGCUAGCUUGGGAUUCAGAGUAAAGGCUUUAGUGGAAGAGAACAAAGGCUUGGCCUCAGAGACUAUGUUUGUGAAGAGGAAGGCAGGGGAAUUAGCCAAGUGUGUGGUGAAGAUGAGGGAGGAUCAUAGAGUGUUCAUGCUGCAUAGGAAAAUUGAAGAUCUUCAGGCACAGAUCAAUGGAUUGGAGAAAAGGAACAAGGAAUAUUACGAGCAGCUUCUGAGAAGAGAUUACAAUGGACGAGAGGAUAAUAAUAGUGGCUGUUUGGAGAAGAAGGUCAAGAACAGUGAUGGGAUAGCUUUGGAGAUUCGGCUUCAUAUGCAGAGACUGAGUCGAAGGUUCAAGUGGAAGGAAGAUAUUGCAGGAAAGGAUUGCGAGGUGAAGAAAGUUCCUAAUUUGUGGAAGAAAGUGAAGAACAUGGACUUUCUUCUCUGUGGAAUGAACCCCACAUGUGCUUGAUUUAACUGUGAUUAGAUUAUCACAAGUUAAGCUAUAAUUUAGGUACACAUUUUGGUCUUCAGCUAUAUAUAUAUAUAUAUAUGUAGGUCACUGAGUAGUUACUGUUGUGUCUCACAAUGAGAUCCUAACCUGAGACAAUGCUAGGUGCUGUAUGUUUUUGGAAAAAAAAAAAACUAAUUGCAGAUGAGUUUUCAUGUUAUUGUAAAGCCAAAGUAGAGUGAGACUGUCUCUUGUCUCACUGUGGAGCUGCUUAGUUCUGCACAACUGGUCCUGUAUCUUUAAAUGCAUAUUCUGUAUUCCUUAAUCAUUGACAGCAAGUGGUAGGUAAUACAUUUUGAGAUUAUCAAGUUAUUCUAGCUGCACUCCUAUUUCCUUGCCUCCUUGUAUUGUUUUUGAGAAAGCAUAAUACAGAAAUUUGGAUUA